ACCGUCACAGUGUCGUCCCCAAAGUCCCGCCACGAGUUGGCCUCUCUCCCAGACAUGGACCCGCAGGACUCGAUCGACGAUGACGAGGGCGCGCCUCCGCAGGCUUAUCGCGACGACGAACAUGCAACCGCCUCGGCUGCCACAUUGGUUACCCAUUCCGAGGCUCCGGAUCGGGAGGACCACCAUCCGCAACGACCCUCCUACGCCACCAGAUACCUGCCCCCACGAUUGCGCCGCUUCUGCCAUAAUGUCGUUGUCUGGGCCAAGGGCCCUCAGCCACCGCGCCCGUGGAAGAUACGUCCCUUCUUCCCCAGGAUCCAAACGGCGCCCAUUCGCUUCUUGAACAACUACUUCCCCAAGAAGAAGCAGAAGAUUGCCUUGCUCGUCUUCUUCUACUUUUGUUGGAUCCUGACCUUUGGCUUGGUCUUGCAUCGUAGUGCCUUUGCAGCAGACAUACCCGGCUACGGCAGCCCCGUGCGCGUGCGAUGUACUGAUCGCUUUUGGAGCGAUGGAAAUGGCUGUGGCCUCAAUGGCGACCUGUGCCGCCCGUUUGAGAACAGCACCAUGCCUUUUCGCUGCCCAGCAAACUGCAAGCGCGUGCAAGUGAUAUAUCCACAUGCUGUUGGGGAUCAGUUUGUGAGUUAUCAACCCCUCGUCAUAGGCGGGCCUACAGACGAGGAGGAAACGCUUGAAAACACAUACUACCGUGCCGACUCGUUCAUCUGCGCUGCCGCCAUCCAUGCUGGCUACAUCAACGACGCUUCGGGAGGGUGUGGAGUCUUGGCACAGGCGGGCGAAAAGUCCAACUAUCCCAGUGUGGAUCGAAAGCACAUCAAGAGCGUUGGCUUUGACUCGUACUUUCCGCGCUCCAUCUCCUUUCUCGGUGGCGCCCAAGCCAAGUGCAGAGAUCUAAGGUGGCCGUUGCUUGGUGUUUCGCUGACAUUCACGAUUCUCUUGUCGCUCUUUACCACAUCGCCCUCCGUCUUCUUCACGUCCGUCUUCGUCGGCAUCUUCUGCCAUGUCGCGCUUGCUUCGGACCCGCCCAACAUGACCGACUACUAUGCCAUUGUCAGCAUAGCGCUAGCACGUCUGCUCCCGGCGUCGUUUUGCAUGUAUGCGGUUUACCGAUUUGCCGUGCGUCGCCAGCUCGAGGGCCUGGAUGCGCAGAUUGAAAAGACGAUUCUCUGGCUGGGAGGAUGCUGGAUAGGCGCUUUGAACAACUACACCUUUGACAAGAUUCCCAUCGAGCGCCUCACCCCUCACGAGAUUAAAAACCAGCCAGGCGCCAUCCCUGCGCUCAUCAUCAUUGUCCUUACCCUGUUCUUCAUUGCCCUCGGACAGGCCUGGGCGUUUAGGAUUGAAGGACGCCUUCCUCGCUACCUGGCCAUCUACGGCAUCUUGGUUGCAGGCAUACUCACCCUCGUUGCGAUACCCAAGAUGAACGUCCGGAUCCAUCAUUACAUUCUCGGCCUUCUCCUCGUUCCAGGCACGUCUAUGCAGACACGACCCUCGCUCCUCUACCAAGGCAUCCUCAUCGGCUUAUUCAUCAAUGGCAUCGCGCGCUGGGGAUUUGCCAGUAUUCUGGAAACGCCGGGUGCGCUUCGUGGCGAUGCGCCCAGUGGCACCCCUCUCCCAGUCAUUACUGCGCCCGUCAUUUACAACAACGUGGAUCUUCCCCAUGUCAAGGCCAACAUUACUUUUGAUUGGCAAUUUCCAUUUCCAAAGCCUUAUGAGGGAAUCAGCGUCUUAGUUAAUGACGUGGAAAGAUACCGCGAGUUUGAAGACCGGAUGGAAGGAGACUGGACAUGGACCAGGCACAAGGAGGGCAUAAAUGAGUACUUUCGCUUUGCAUACUUGCAAGGAGGGGGGCGGGGUGAUUACACAAAGGCGGGAGUGUGGAGAGCGGACGGCGGGUGGACAGAGAUGGAGGCGGGGCCGUCGUGA